AUGGGGAAGCUGCGGCGGCGCUUCAACGUCAAAGGGCGGCAGCAGCCGCCGCCGGGGCCCGAGCCUGAGCGGCAGGGCGUCCAGGUGCAGCUGGAGCUGGACGACAGGGGCCUGUGGAAAGGAGUGGAUGAGAGCAACGCGCUUGUCCUGCCUGGACGGAAAGAGAAGAAGAAGAAGAAGGCUACGCCCACCUCCAAGAAGGAGAAGAGGCCCCUGACCAAGAAGGAGAAGAAGCUCCUACAGAAAGUGUUGGAGCAAAAGAAAAAAAAGAACCAGCGAGCCGAAUUACUGCAGAAACUGAGUGAAGUCCAGGCUUCCGAGGCAGAAAUGCGACUUCUGUAUACCACUUCCAAACUGGGGACUGGUGAGCGAAUGUACUGCAGCAAAAGGAAGGCAGAAGAGACUGGACCUGGGGGUCCGGAGAAGAUUAGUAGCCUCAGCGGUGCCCACAGAAAAAGACGAAGGCCGCCGUCAGAAGAGGAGGCUGAGUCCUCCAGCGAGGCCGAGACAGGGAGCGAGGCCGAGGGCUCGGAAACCCUGGCACCGGCUGGAGUUGGUGCAGAGGCUGAGCCAGCGGCCGUGAAGCCUGCCGAGCCCGUCGCCGAGGACGAGAGCUCUCUCUCCGGCCGCCAGCCGGCCCCCACGCUGGCACCUCCUCUCCCUCCUCCCCCCGCCUCCCAAGCGCCGUCUGCAAAGCCGGCCAUUUUCGUCCCGGUGGACCGCUCUGCCGAGAUCCAGGAAGCCCGGCUCAAGCUCCCCAUUCUUUCAGAAGAGCAGGUGAUCAUGGAAGCUGUUGCUGAGAACCCCACUGUCAUCAUAUGUGGGGAGACGGGGAGCGGGAAGACCACCCAGGUGCCCCAGUUUCUGUAUGAAGCCGGCUAUAGCAGCGGUGGCCUCAUCGGGAUCACCGAGCCUCGCCGAGUGGCUGCGGUGGCCAUGUCCCAGCGGGUGGCCAAGGAGAUGAACCUUUCCCAAAGGGUGGUUUCCUACCAAAUCCGAUAUGAAGGCAAUGUGUCAGAGGACACUCAAAUCAAGUUCAUGACAGAUGGAGUCUUGCUCCGGGAGAUCCAGAAGGACUUCUUACUCUCCAAAUACAAAGUGGUCAUCAUCGAUGAAGCCCACGAGAGAAGCGUCUACACGGACAUUCUGAUUGGCCUCUUGUCUCGAAUUGUGUCUCUUCGGGCGAAGGUAGGAGCGCCAGGACUGGGUGGGGGAGGGGAAGGUGCUGGUCCUCGUGGCUAUCCUCCCAGGGCUUUCUGA